AUGAAGGAGAUGAGGAAGCACGCCAGCCAGCAGCGCCGCAAGAGUUCGCAUACGACCGGUGGUGGUAGUAGUAGCGGUGCUACACGAACCACAAACAGCCACAAGGAAGACCAAAGACCUAUCAAGCGGUGGUUCCAUCUCCCUGCGAACAACGUCGCGUGGGUGAUGGACCUCGUGCAGCGGAUUUGCGCCGUGGAUGGGCGGCCGGAUGCGGAGUGCAACCGGAUGAUUGCGUUCAUCGAGGAGACGUUUCAGGAGAUUCGGAUUAGUGCGCCGUAUCGGAAGCCGCAUUUUCGGAUGGAGGCUGCUACUGCUGCUGCUGCUGCCGGGGCGGCAACAGAUGGUAGUGGUGGGACUGGGAUGCCGGAGGUGAGUCUUGGACCGGAGGUGACGGGGACGCCGCCGGCCGGGUCGGCAGCAACAGAGCCGUCGAGAUCGCAAAUGUUCUCUCUGGUGCUCCCCGUCAUCGACGUCGAUAUUGACGAGGGCACGAAGAGGAGUCUUCAGGAUGUACACAUUGGCGAUGAAGCCAAGGUCUUCCGUCCGAUGGAACUGGUCGGCGGCGGCGGCGCGGUAGCUGUACCGGCAGCGGCCGCAGGGAACGACAGGAGAGCACCGCCAGUUCAGAGGCCGCACCCCCUCAGCGCGAUGCCGACGAAUCUGCAGCAUUACCUCUUCCCCCACCUAGCGCACUUUGACGCCAUGGCCAAGAUGCGCGCAACGUUUACGAAAUCUGAGCUGCAUGUCCCGAGAUCGCUGGAUCAAUCGUACCACGAGAGUCUCAGCGCGAGCGACCUCGCCCUUCGGAACGAAAGCCAGGUGUUAUUCCGCUAUCUCCGGCGCGUGGAAGGGCGACUAGCUGCCACUGCCGCGUCCGCAGCAGGCACAACGACAACGGGAACCACAGCAGCUGGCUCGUCGACUGCAGGUGACACGAUUGCGGAGGACGUGCUGGGGAAGCAACCUCUCACAGAAGACGGGAUCGCGUCGACGAGAGUGCAGCACCAGCAGCAAAAGACGCAGCAUCAACAGAACCCGUUUGAUCGGCAUGCGCAGAGGGCGUAUUCGAGACAGAGCAGUUCCAAGCAGAAGAAGACGGACGGGACCAAGGCGGAGCUGGGGAGGAUGGCGGGGAGGCAGGAUCAGGCGAGUAGUGUGCAGGCCAAGAUUUCAAGGGAGAAGAGGAGGAUGGAUACGGAGAGGAGAAAGCAAAUUUUGAUUGUUGCGCAGCUUUGGAUUUGGAAGAUUGAUGAGCACACCAUCAUCACCGCGUUCCCUGAUCGGUGGGAUAACAAGAACGCCAAGACGCUGUUGAACCAGAUCAAGCACCGCGUGCUGGGAACCAGGGACAUGCGGUCUGAGAACACGGACAUCAUGCGCGUCGUGGAGAGUAUCCUUGAGAGCGCGGUUGAAUACAGCGAGGAAGAGUUCCACUUCCAGUUUGAAGGGCCGCGGAGCUACUGCAACAUCUUUGCAGCAUCGAUUGCUCACGUUUCCAACGAAGCAAUGAAGCGCUACGCCAACUUCAAAGCUUCCAUCAGCAAAAUGGGAACCUCCAAAACGGUCCUCGACGACCUUCGCGCCGAGAUCGAGCUUUUGCAGGAGAUUGACGACGUGCGGGAGGAGAUCAACAUGAUCAAGCGGGUUCUUCGGUCGCAGGAGCGGGUAUUCGACGGGUUCCGCGAGGCGGAGGCGGAGCGAGUUGGGAGUUUAUGCGGCGGAGUCGGAGUCGGGGAGAAGCAGGGUGGUGGUGUCGUCAAGCCGUAUAAGCACCCGACGUUGGAUUUCUUCAAGAGGUUGGAGGAGGAUGCGAAUCGGGUUCGGGAUUCGAUUACGACGUUGUUGGAUUUGAGACAGAGAGAGGCAAAUAUUGAGGAGGCGCUGUCUGCGAGCGAGCAGUCGAAAAUUCUCUUCAUCUUUACCGGAGCGACGGUUGUCUUUGCUCCUUUGUCAUGGGCAACAGGCAUCUUUGACAUCUCUAUCGAGGGCGUACCAUCGCCCAUCAGUCCCGGAACCCUCAUCCUUACAUGUGUCCUAAGUCUAGUCGCCACCCUCCUCCUCAUCGCCCUCUCCCUCCAAAUCUACGAAUUCAUCACCACAGGCAAAGCAAAGCACCUCUACCGGCGCGUUUCCAACUUCUUCGAGGCCCGCAAGCUGGAGAAGCUGACGGCCGCGAACCAGAGCAAGUCGCCGCCCUCGUCGCUCGGCGCGUCGACGCAGCUGAGCAGGCUGAGGAGGUCGUCUCUCUCGCAGCCUGUCGCUAGCACGACCGCGAAUGAGAAGAAGAAGUUGCAGAGUGUGAGAAGGCGGCUUGCUGCGUUGAGGACGAGGGGGAGGGGGCUUGGACGGGAUCGGGACGAGGAGAGGGAGGUUACUGGGAAGCAGGGUUGA